CUCCCAUUCCCUUGACGUUAAUCCACUCUUUUUUCUAAUUGUGCAUGCCAUGUUAAUGCCAACUGAUUAGCCGCUUCACAACGCACCGCCAACUGCACCCAUAAUUCAUGACUCUUGUGUUCCUUCCCUUCGUUUUGUCUCUGUCUGUCCCCAACUGUACUUGUACUUGUAUUUGUACUAGUAUUUGUACUUGUAUUUGUACUUGUACUUGUACGAGUAUGUGUGCGGCGCACAUGUAAACUCUACACGUUGCCCCCAUUGUAUGUACGUUUUUUAUCUUUGCUCUUUGGUUACGAAAACGAAAGAAAUGUAUAGGACUGCAUAAGAAUCCGAAGCGACUGCAUAAGCGCAAAUGUUAACUAAUUGUUGAAUGUUUCUUCUCUCCACGAACCCCAACAAAACAAAAACCAUGUCCACAAAAAACACUCAAAUCCAUUCGCCAUUCGCCAUUCGCCAAAUGGCCAACGACGGACGCUUAAAACCAAAAUCCAAAAACCAAAAACCGAAAACCGCAAACCCAAUUCCACUAAUUGCACUUGAAAUAUCCCUUUUCAUAUCCACCGACCAUAACAACACCACCAACAAUGACUCUAACAAUCUGCACUCGAUGGCAAAACCACCGGAAAAAAACCAACCCAACCCAAACCAAAACCAAACCCACCCACACAAACCGAAAACUUGCAAAAACUUUGCCACUGCUCCUCUGCAAAAUGGAAAUGGCGUCAAAUUGCGCUGACAUCUGACGAUGGCAACAACAAAACUACCAAUAACAAUGCUACACCAACACAAUACAACAACGACCCCUAAUCCUAACCCAAACCCAAACUCAAACCGACUAUCAACACUGUUUUCGGAUGCAUUGCAUCCAUUGCGACGACGCUGACACAAAUGUCAAACCUUCCGAAAACCGCCUCCAAAACUUCACCACCCAACCACAAAUACACCAACACUUGAACUUCCAACACAACCACAAAUUGAUUCUCUUGCGUCAAUUAAAACUUAUUGAAAUUUCCGAAAAUAUUCAACUCAAUUUUAAUCGGGUAAUUCAAUAACAACGAAACGUUGAACAACAUUCGAAUCCGGUAACUCACCGACAACAUUCAACAACCUCAACGAAAUAUUGAACUCAACAACAAAACCACCACCACCACCAAACGACGGUGACAAUGCGCGAAUAUUGCUCAUAAUGCCAUUAACUAAAUAUGAUGACCCCGAAACUUUUUCUGUGGCUGGGGAUAUCAAACUGCAAUUUCCGAACAUCUGGCGUUCGCCACACCCACACAACGACACACCCACACCGGGAUAUCCUGAAACACAAACAACACUUUGACAUGCAACAACGGCCAACCGUUGUCUUCAUCAACACACAAACACAAACUCAAAUACACAAACACCCACACACACGCACUGGCAUUCAAACCGACGCUGUCAUCAACUCAACAACAACAAUGGUCAUCCCUUUAUCCCCACUUCCAAUUCCCAUUUCCCCGAUUUCCCUCGACUUUCCCCGCUGAACCCGCUUCCCCGUCGCGUUUCCAUUUGGCAAACUGGCACCAUCAGGUCGCCUGGAUUAAGGCCGAUGCCAAGGCAAUUCUGGCCAUUCACGAGCACGUGAUAACCAACAAUGAUCGAUUAUCGGUGCAGCACAACGACUACAACACAUGGACCCUCAACAUCCGCAGCGUCAAAAUGGAGGAUGCCGGCAAAUACAUGUGUCAAGUCAACACGGAUCCCAUGAAGAUGCAGACCGCCACCUUGGAGGUGGUGAUUCCACCAGACAUCAUCAACGAAGAGACCUCCGGAGACAUGAUGGUGCCAGAGGGCGGGUCCGCCAAACUUGUGUGCCGAGCCCGAGGUCAUCCGAAGCCCAAGAUCACGUGGCGACGCGAGGACGGAAGGGAGAUCAUCGCCCGCAAUGGUUCGCACCAGAAGACAAAAGCACAAUCGGUGGAGGGCGAAAUGCUGACGCUGUCGAAGAUCACGCGAUCGGAAAUGGGCGCCUACAUGUGCAUCGCCUCCAACGGAGUCCCGCCGACGGUGAGCAAGCGGAUGAAGCUACAGGUGCACUUUCAUCCGCUGGUUCAAGUGCCAAAUCAAUUGGUCGGCGCCCCGGUCCUCACGGAUGUCACAUUAAUUUGCAACGUCGAGGCAUCGCCGAAGGCCAUCAAUUACUGGCAGCGCGAGAAUGGCGAAAUGAUUAUUGCCGGCGAUCGUUACGCGCUCACCGAAAAGGAAAAUAACAUGUACGCCAUCGAGAUGAUUCUGCACAUCAAGCGGCUGCAAUCGAGCGAUUUUGGGGGCUACAAGUGCAUUUCGAAGAACAGCAUCGGCGACACCGAGGGCACCAUUCGACUUUAUGAAAUGGAGCGACCCGGCAAGAAAACUCUACGCGACGACGAUCUCAACGAAGUGUCGAAAAACGAGGUGGUGCAGAAGGACACGCGCAGCGAGGACGGGUCACGCAACCAGAACGGAAGGCUCUACAAGGACCGCGCCCAGGAUCAGCACCCGGCCAGCGGGAGUGGAGCGGUCCGCGGGCGCGGGACAAGGCGGCUAAUCGGAACAUUUCUAUUAGCCUUAUUGGUAUUAUUAACGGCGGUGGCGAAGGCCGGGGCAUCAUCAUCAUCAUCAUUGUCCUGCCACACAAAGGCCGGCAAACAAAAGGAGGCCAAGGAGCACCAAGAGAAGCAGCAAAGGCAAAUGGAGGAGGAGAUGGAGAUGGCGGAGGAGAAGGGGAAGGGGAGCCAAUGCUGGAAGAGAUCGACGCCGAGUUGGAGACGGGCAGCGGCGGCAGAGUAAGAUUAUGAUAGCUUAAUUCAAUUGUAAUUAAACGAACACGAUUAUGACGCAAGGAGCUACUGCCCCUCGUCCUGCUCCUCCACACUCCACUUACACACACACACACACAGGCACACACACACACACACGAGCCAGGAGGAAGCGGGCAUUAAUUAAAUGGGGAUGCCACCGGGAAGCCCGGAGCUAAUCAUCUGCGCCCAUGCCAACUGCUGACUGGAAGGGGGCAAGGGGGUGGGGCGGAGGCGGGGGCGGGGGCAGGGCUAAUUGAGUGCAUAUCAAAUCAAAAGGAAGAUAUAAACUAAAGUGUCGUAGUUAAGUGAAAAAGAAAACGCGUUUAAAUGUUACCUCGUUAGCGGAAAAUGAUGAAAGGAAAGGAUGGCAGCAGACCCCGACCCCGCAGAAGCAAAUCAACUAUAAACAAUAUCGAGAUUAAAUGGUGUUCGGUUCUUUAAAUGGCUUUAGAAGUAAACAAACAGUACGACUGCAGAAGGAUAUCGGCGUACUAUAAAGAAUAAACACGAUUACGACAUUGGCGCGGAUAUUUCUAGAUGUCUACAAAAUAAGCGAAGUUAUUUUUCAUUUAUUCCGACCUUGAUUCGUUCAGUUUUUCUAGAGGAAAUAUAUAUACAUAUAAGAUAUUAGGUGUUUAAUCGAGAGUUCUGUAAAUAUAUUCAAGGUCUGCUCAAAGAGAAAGAAGUUCGUGGCUAAAUGGAAAGGAGGAAAGUGUUAAGAGGAUCUUUGCAAACCGUAAACUGUAAAUAUUUAUGCCUUUAGUGAUCCCGAGAAUGUUUCGUUGAUAUCUUGAUAAGUAGGUUCUGUGUUGGACCCUUUGUUGACUCCUUUGUUCUCAUGGCUCAAAAGACUAAUUGCGGACACUAGACCUAAGCCAGUUUUGGAAUCCCCUAAUCGAUUAACCAGCUAAGAGUGUGUGAGAUCCUUAGCUUUAAAAAAUGCUAAUUACUAUACUAUAUAACGUACAAUAACGAGAGUUUACCCACUGAAUAGAUUUCUGUGUGCUGAUUCCGAGAGAAUCUACAGAGUUAGAAACUUCUAAAAAAUGUAAAAAUUGUCUCUUGUACAAUUUUAAAUUGCUGCUGAUUUCCAAAAGCCACAAGAGGGAUUUGAGGAUUUGAUUAACAACUUUCGAGAAAUUCCAUGAGGAUGGUUUGGCUUUGGCUUGGAACUAUGAAUACAUUUUGUAGGAAAAAGUACACUGAAAUCUUUUUAAAAAGUAACUCCGUUGAAACAAGAGAGGACAACGAUUUCUGAAGCACUUUAAAAAAUCUCCAGAGUCAACUUGGAUUUCCUUUGGCACUGACAACACUUUCAAGACUUGAAAGUUUCGUUUACUACGGGCUCUCACACACUCUCAGACGAUCCAUAGUCCCCACAUAUAUAUUUAUAAAAUACUCAUGUGUGCGUGUUCAGCUCAAUUCCAUGUUAAAAUAACGUAAGUCAAAGGAAGGUAAAUCAGAAACGCAGAAAGAAAUGUGCCAAAAGCAUUAAAAGCAACUCGCAGUAAAGAAGUGUGUAAGGCGAAAGUAAGCAGAGGUAAAUACAAAAUAAAUGUGUGUGUUCAAAUCCGAAUAAUGCAGUAAUACCCAGACAUAUGUAUAAUCCGCAUAUCCAGCUCCACAGCCCCAAAACCCGGCUAGUAAAACUCAUUUGAACGCUGACUUCUCAGAUGUACUCUGACUCAUAUACGUACCAAGAAAGCAAAUGUAUGGAGGGGAAGUUAGGCAUGGAGAAAUACAUUUUAAUAUAAUGAAAAUAUAAAUACAGUUAAUUAAAUAUAGGAAAUAUUUUUUUUUGCGGGUACGAGAGUAACGUAAUCGCCUAGCAAAUCAAAGUUACGUUUAAUAUACACGUGUAAGGCAGGAAAGUAAUUUAUUCAUCUAAAUGGAAGCCCAGGCGAUCGCGUUGUUGAAAAAAGAAUAAAAGAACUACAUUUAAUGGAAUUUGCAGGUGGAUAAAGACAGGCAAACUAAACUAUAGUAAAACCUAAGAAAUAACAAACUAAGCCAGAAACCAUUCAAGUCAUAAAGCAUUCAAUGUCUAAGCUACAGUCAUACCAAGGUAAACCAGAAAACAAAAUGAAUACACAACUAUUUGACAACUACAUAAGCAAUGAGAAUAUCCAACAGUUUCCAAAUAAAUUCCCAAAAACGAAAGUUUGCUGCGUUAUAAUGCGAAAUUCCAUAGCUCUCGAACAAACAACAAAACAAAAUAAAUAUAAUAUCAUUUAGUUGGAUUUGUGUUUAUGUACAUAAGAAAUGAGCGAAAACAAAUGUUUGUACUGUAAAAUCUGAUUAUACAACUGAAUAUUCAAAACCACGCAGUCGAAAAAAACCGUAAAAAAGUCGGAAAAAAAAGAAAAAUAAAUAAAGAGACAUACCUA